AAUAUUUCAAAACUCCCACCAAAAUUCCAACUUUAAAACCCCCCACCCCAUUCAACGCAACCAGAUUUCGUUUCGUCUCCUCGUCGUCUCAGGAUCUAAGAAGUGAGGGAACACCAAUCGCGAGCGAGAACAUGGCAGGCAAGGGAGGGAAAGGGCUCGUUGCUGCGAAGACGAUGGCUGCUAACAAGGACAAAGACAAGGGCAAGAUGAAACCCAUCUCUCGAUCUGCUCGUGCCGGUAUUCAGUUUCCAGUGGGUCGUAUCCAUAGGCAGCUCAAGACCAGGGUUUCAGCACACGGAAGAGUUGGUGCCACUGCUGCCGUUUACACAGCUUCGAUUCUAGAGUACCUGACUGCGGAAGUUCUUGAGUUAGCUGGAAACGCAAGCAAGGAUCUGAAAGUGAAGAGGAUAACUCCAAGGCAUUUGCAGUUGGCAAUCAGAGGAGAUGAGGAGCUUGACACGCUCAUCAAAGGAACCAUUGCCGGAGGUGGUGUGAUCCCUCACAUCCACAAGUCUCUCAUCAACAAAACCACCAAUGAGUGAUUUGUUUCUUAAGCACUAGGUUGUUUGAUCGGCUAGUUAGUAGCUUAUCAUGUCAGUGUUUGUCAAGUCUUGGACUGCUUUUCCUUUCCUUUUUUAGUGUUGCGUUUAAUUGGACAUCCUCAGGUGUACAUGAGUUAAUUUGAACUCUUAUGCUUCUCCUUUGCAUACUCUUGUUGUUUUCUGUCAAGUAAACCAAUUUAAUUACCAGUUUUUUUA